UGAUCAAAUUCGAUCAGUGAGUAGCAUCCUCGUCAUCCCUACCUCUUUGAAUUUUGAUUACUCAUUUCACGGUGUUCGCUCAAACAGCCAUUGUCCAUGGACAUACAGUUGCAGUAAGUCAUCUAACAUGAGGUGCCUUGUUCACGAGCAGCGCAUGCUAACAUCACAACUUCUUCUAGUUGGUGCACUAAAUCAUCGCUACUUCAUCUUGUUCAGCGGCACUCUGCCGCUUGGAGCAUGGAUGUUCGUGCAUAUCGUCUUCGCAUGUAGGUCUUCGAAUUUAACUUCCACUUUUAAAGCACACCAGACUCACAUGAAGUACCAAUCAGAUCUGGACUCCUUAUUUGACACACCGCGGCCGCCCACAUACUACGAAUGCAGCCUCCCGAUCGACGGUCUCUGCGGCUACUUCGCCUACGACGGCUUCGCCUUCCUCGUCGCCAUAUGGACUCUCUUGAACUCCAUCUGGUGCUUCUUCCUCUUCUUGACACAACUCUGGCAGAUCUCACAAGCGUACACCACGAACGAAGGCGCCAAUUGGUGGCGGUUGUCCUACAUGGUGGUACCCGGGGACAUGGCCCAGCCUUCUUGGCGGAGACGGAUGCGGAAUCCGUUCAGCAGAGGGAUCUUUAGGAACUGCGGGGAGUUCUGGGGUGGUUCUGAGGUGCAGCUCAAUAGCAAACGGACCAAAACCAGGAGUCGAUGGUAAUGGAGAUCUGCCUUGUUUGUGGUGCACCCGGAUUGAUUUCCUUACUUUCCACUGUCUUUCCCAUUUCAGGUUCGACGUUUACGAGGUGCCAUC